CCUCCCGCUUCUGCUGUUCCGUCCUCUCUUACCCCCGAUCGUCACCCUCUCCGCCCGAUCCUCAAGGGCACGAGCAGAAACGACGACUGCCGCAGCCACUGGCCUGGCUCAAACCCGAAGCACGCAUACCACCGUUUGCACAAGGCGGGCGCCGCGCGGUGGAUCGCCCAGCUGGGGAGCCGAGGCCGAGGACCCGGUCGCGGCGGCCGAGGCGCGCCCGCCGCGGCGAGCCACGCGCUGCACCGCCGCGCGCUUCUCCGGCGCUCGCGCGGGCGGCGCCGGUCGCGGGCGAGACGCGCCGGAGGGCGCAGGCUCGGCAGGAGCGGCGGCGGGCUCUCCCGGAGCCGGCAGCAGGCCGCCUUUUGCCCUGCGCAGGCAGAGGCCGUCUGCCGCGCCGGUGACGCGGCCACCACCAUGGAGCACCCGUGCGGGCCGGAGCCCGCGCCCGUCUCGGCGGAAGCCGUCUGGGGCGCGCGCGGCGCACCAGCGCCAGGGGCGGCGGCUGGGGCGACGGCGGCCGACCUGAUCGCGGCAGCCGAGGCUCACGCGGCUGAGGAGGCUGCGAGGAGGGCGCAGAAGUGGGAGCGCGCCCUGCGCGAGUCGGUGGCCGCAGCGACGGGCGCCGGCGCCGCGGCGCCGCCGCUGCGGCUGCCCGGCGGCUUCGCCGCCGCGAGCACGGCGGCGAGCACGGCGGCGAGCGACGGCGGCG